UCUCAAGAGUGUUAGAAACAGUUGAUCAACAACACUUCAAUCAAUAUUUUGAGCGUUUCGCUGUUUUGGAACGUUCAAAAAAGACAAAGAAGACAUUCAUUACAAGAUGGUGUAUUCAUAAACAUAAUUUAUUGCCAUUUUUCACGAUAAUUCUGUAUAAUUAUGCUGAAGUUGUGGGACUAUACUCCAUGGAGUCUCGCGGUGAUCUUGCUGUUAGCCAGUGGAAUUCGUAGUCACUCAAAUACAAGUACAUUAAGUAUCAGAAUGCCUGGUGCAAGUCCUUUGAAGGAUAAUGCGUACUUGUGUACAUCUGUGAAGUUGGCAUCAAACGACCAGUACAUUGUUCAAUUUGAACCAAAAGGUGACAAAAAUGUUGCACAUCAUAUGCUUCUWUUUGGCUGUGACAAGCCAGCAAGUUGGAGUUCCAAUUGGGAUUGUGGUAAUGGUGGUACUUGUCAAAAUAUAGAAAACAUAWUAUUUGCCUGGGCUAAUGGAGCYUCAGAUAAAGCUUUACCAAAAGAUGUUGGUUUUCAAGUUGGGAGGUCAUCUGGCAUUAAUUACCUUGUUUUACAAGUUCAUUACAAGCACAAAGCAAUAGAUUUAAAUGACAAUGAUUCUGGAUUUGUGUUGCACAUCACACCUCAAAGGCAGCCAUAUUUAGCAGGAAUAUUCUUGAUGUGGUCAGGUGAUGUUGAUAUCCCACCAGAAACCAAUGGAAUUCACAGUGAUAUUGUUUGCAAAUAUAAAGACCGAACUACAAUGUAUGCAUUUGCAUUCAGAACACAUGCUCAUGGACUAGGGAGAGUUAUAAGUGGGUAUAAAGUUAAUAAAAACAACUGGACUUUACUUGGUAAAGGAGAUCCAAAUGAGCCACAGGCCUUUUAUCCAAUGAAAGGAAUUUAUAAAAUCUCUAAAGGAGACACUUUGGCUGCAAGAUGCACUUAUGAUAGUAAAGGCCACCAUCUCAAGGAUCACGUCUAUAUUGGGGCUACUGGUGAUGAUGAGAUGUGCAAUUUUUACAUCAUGUAUUAUCGAGAUGCAAAUGAGCCUGAUGUUACUGAUGCUGCAUGUGAUGAUCAGCUUUCAUACCAAGCAUCACUSAACUUCCCCGCUGAUUCUGACACUSCAUUGAGAAAACCAACACGUAAAAUAACAUCAAAUACWCACARAAUUACAACUGGUACACAGCCCAUGAAAGUUCCCACUAACAAGAUGACAGCAACAGUCCAAAAGACAUCCACAUAUGACACAAAACCCUCAAUUAUGACACCAAGACAAAACCCUGUCAUACAUCCUCACAAAGUCUACAAGAAACCAUCACCUCCUUCAAUGCAUCACAAAGUUUCUUCAUUAAAAGAUGAAUAUAAUAUUGUAAAAGGCUGGCCUAAACUUGAUAAAGAACAUCUUGGUCAAGUUGCAGGAGUUGCUGUUAACUCAAAAGGACGUGUAAUUGUAUUUCAUCGUGGAAAAAGAAUCUGGGACUAUAAUUCUUUUGAUGACCUGGAUGUAUUUACUGAGAAAACACCCAUUGAUGAUAACACAGUGCUUACACUAGAUGCACAGACUGGGAAAAUCCUUGGAAGAUGGGGCAGAAAUAUGUUUUACCUUCCUCAUGGGAUUACUGUUGAUCACCAUGACAACAUAUGGUUAACAGACGUUGCAACGCACCAGGUCUACAAGUUCCCAUCCAAUGGUGGGAGCAAAGCUCUCCUUACUGUCGGAGAAAAGUUUUAUCCAGAUUCUGAUGACAGUCACUUCUGUAAACCCGCCGAUGUUGCUGUUGAGAGAAGUGGAAGUUUCUAUGUGGCUGAUGGGUACUGCAACAACCGUAUUGUCAAGUUUUCAUCAAAAGGAAARUAUAUUGAUGAAUGGGGGAAGUAUGGACGGAAAAAAGGAGAGUUUAUCUUACCACACAGUCUCUCYCUUGACGAGUCCAAGCAUCAUCUGUACAUAGCAGACAGACAAAAUGGACGUGUACAGAUCCUUUCUACUACAAGAGGCGUCUUUUUGCCUGUUAUCAAGAAACAACAGUUUGGUUAUGUGUUUGCUGUGGAUUUUAACAGUCAUACUGGUCACCUUCAUGUCRUCAAUGGUAACCCUAGCAACACCAAAAAACCAAAGAAGGGUUUUACUCUACAGGGAAACCAUCUUGUAGAAACAUGGCCAAAGGAUGACCACCAUUUCCUUAACCCUCAUGACGUCACAUCGUCUGCUGAUGACGACGAUCUAUACGUCGUGGAGAUAGGUCCGAAUARAAUCUGGAAACUUACUAAACACAAGUCGAAUAAACACAAAGAUGAUACUAUGAACUUUCCAGCUAUUUGCACACUUGAAAAGGAUACUGGACCAUGUAGAGCGGCGAUGCCGAGGUAUUACUUCAGUGUUAAGGAAAAAAGCUGUGAGCACUUUGUUUAUGGUGGAUGUAGAGGAAACGAGAACAACUUCAAGUCCAAAAGAGAGUGUGAAGCAAAGUGUGGRCAUUCUGAUCUUUCCAAGAAUAUAACAGCGAACACCAAAACAGAUGACGAAGAGCGUCCUAGCGAAGAAAAUGAUCUCARAGGACUUGAUUCUGGUAAAGAGAGUGCAAAUAACAGUGCUACAGUACAUGUCAGUACAGCCAAACCCAAGGAGACUGACGAUUGGCAAAACGCYUUUGGAGAAGAUGAAGGCAACGAAAGCAAUAUCUAUGCGGCUGCGCAUUAUAAUAAAAGUUCCAAUCAUACGAUGCCACAUAAAGCUAAAAAGAACCAAUCARAAGACAGCGAGGAGGAGGUAAUGGGUGGUAUGAUACCUGCCUUGGUUAUUUUGUCAGUUCUUGCUGUGCCCAUUGUGUUUCUUUUACUGAUCAGUAUUGCGUUACGCAUACGGGCGUAUCGCAGGGACUCACGGUACAAGUCAAAUCGUCUGUUAAAAUCUGAUCAGGAUGGGCUUGCGGUUGGACGAACACGUGGUUGGUUAUCGUACUUAAACUGCUGUAGCAAACAAAACUACAGAUUCGAUAAAGUUAAUCUAGCAGAGUUUUACAGUGACAGUGAAAGUGACGGCGUUUAACAGAACAAAAUAGCACUUUUAAUUUCMAAAGGAAAAUUGCUGCUCGAAAAGCAACAAAUAAUCUCUGUCGAAUAGGGUCAUAAUUGUAUAAUGACGUCAUGAUUGUAUAACGUCAUAAUAUUGCGAAUGACGUCACAAUUAAAUAUAUGACGUCAUGCUUGGAAGGGUGAGGUCGUCACGCAUCGUAUGAAUUUCGUCACUAAUUUUAUUAGAAAUGACGUCAUAGAUAGGUGAUAUCAUUAUUAUAUAAACGACGUCAUUUGCAUGUGACGUUAUAUUUGGUGAAGUAAAGAUAAAUGUGAAAAUAUAUUGAUCAACAUAUUUUAUAAGAUAAAUAUAGAAGAAUGUACGAAUUAACUUGCACGUAUGGUAGGUACGUCCUCAAUAAAUGUUUUUCUUCAACAAUCUUACAAAAAAAAUCUUGC